AUGGUAAAUGUCUGCGGGGGGUCUCUUUUGGAUGCGAUCGUUCCCAAGCAAGAGGGGCCCCUGUUGUGGAAAGAGGGCAUGGCCAUUGAUCCAAGUCGGCUGUUGCAGGCGCCCGGGCGAGCUGCCAAUGACUUGGAGCAGCAGCUGAAGGCGGGAGCAAAGAACGAAAGCCAAGCGGAGGCCGCGGCCUACCGCCGCAGCUUUGAGGCGAGGCAAGCCGAGCCCACGGCCCUGCCGGACGCGUUUGUCCGCUCCCCUGACGGAGGUGCUGUUGUCGGGCUGCUACCGCUCGAUGGCGCGUCGAGCUCUUCGGCCUUGGUGGUGGAGGAGCGAAUGCCCUUCCACAACCCGGAGCACUCCUGCCCAACCCGGAGGGAGGUUGACUGGCCCCUUGUGAAGGCUGAGCUCACCUUCUAUGCCAACCAGCCCCACCGCCAGCGCCGGAUCUUUGCGUCCCCAGACGCGAGCUUCGAGUGGAGGGUCUGGGUGGCGCGAAUCUACGUGUCCAACGAUGUGGACUUUUGCCCGCUGGGCCUGCAGACGGUGCAUCUGGCGGACGUGGACCGGCGCGUGGGGGACUUCGAUGCACAGGCGCUGGCAGAGGUCUUUGAGGCCCACUACCUGCACUACUUCACGCGGAUCCCCUUCCUGUUGGCGGCGCUGUCUGGGUGGCCGGUCUUUCGGAUCUACAGCGGGCUGGUAGAUGCCGCCCGAAGUCGCCCGGACUUCCCGCUGGCCGUUUCUCGGGGUAUCUGCCGCGGGGAGGUCCCCCUGGGCGACGUCAUCACGGCCGCGCGGCUCUUGUCGCAGGAGGCGCUGCCCUCCGCGGAUGAGGCGAUGCCCGUGCUCGCGCGGAUCCUCACGAAGGCCGAGGCGACGCCUUCGGAGGACUUGCACGAGGAGGACGACUGCCUCCUUUGCGUUGCCUUCGCACACCUGGGCCGCGCCAUCGUCCUGGCCUCCUUCCCGGGGCUCAGUCGCGGGGCGUCCACCAGCGAAGGGGUGGAGCGCUACUUCGGCAAGCUCCUGGAGAGUGUGGAGGCGGCGGAGGCAGCCUGGCACAAGCAGGCAGAGCUGGCGAUGAAGCGCCGGGAUGGCGAUGCCCACGGACUGCUGCGGGUCUUCGCAGGCGGUUGGCCCAUUUGGCACCUUCUGGACCGCCUGCAGCAACUUACCUCGCAGAGGCCCUGGGCCUUGCAGUGCCGGGAGUUCCACGCAGAAGCACCGCUGUGCCCGGCUUGCGCGGUGCCCAUGCAGGCGGAGUGGAGCCGCGAGGCCCAGUGGGUCUCUGCGCUGGCGGCCGGGGGCGCGCGAGGGGAGAUGCAGGCGGUGGUGCAGCCCCGGCUGCGCCUGGACUCCCGGCAGGACAUGACGGGCUCUCUGGCGGCAGCAGCGGCGCGACACUUGGAGAGGCGGCAGGCGCGGGAGGCCUGGGCCACCUUGCUCUCGGACGACGACGCCAUCGCCAACGAGGCGGCGAGGCGGGCGUUGCUGGUGUACCUGGAGGCGGUCCGGGUCAUGGCGCGCUCUGCGCGGCUGGGCGAGGCGCGAGUGGCCUCGGAGGCAUCCAGACCUGUGCAGCACCGAGACUUUCUGGUACUUAUGACCGAGGCGGCCCUCACCGACGAGGUGCGCCGGGUCCUGGAGGGCGACAACCUCACGCCGCUGGUGCUGCCGAGUUUCAGCAGCGAGGGCAUCGCGGUGCCGAGCCGGCGCAAGCAGCGAGGCGAGACUGGUGUCAAAGCCGAGCAUACUGAUGAGGAGGGCGAGCCGGAGCCUGAUGCCGCGCCAGAAGUGGAGCUGUCCUGGUGGCUGAAGAUCAAGCUCUGGAGCUUGACCCAGUACCGCCGCAUCGUCUACUUGGAUGCCGACACUUUGGUCCAUCGGCCCAUCGAAGAGCUCUUUGCCUUGCCAGAUGAGGUCGCCUUGGCGGCCCCAGUGCAUUUGUCCAGAGAUGGUCGAGGCUCCGAGAUCUCGGUGGGGGUGAUGAGCCUUCGACCUGACAGGCGCAUCUACGGCGCGAUGGUGGAUUUUCUGUCGGCGAAAGCGGCGGACUUUACCACGGGCGUGCGGUCCGUUGAUCAGAUGCUCCAGCACAGCUUCUUCGUGAAUCACUUCUCCUGGGGAGGCUACCCAAGGUGGGAGGCCGGCUCCGGGCGCUUUGCUGGGUGCAUGGAGGACAUGCCGGCGCUGAGCCCCGGUCUGGAGCCUUCGGCCACAGCUGCACAAGCCUUGGGCCUUGUCUGCGUGCUGCCGCCGCGCUACGACUUUUGCGUGUCCUACCCGGCGCUUGUGGCCGCCAUGGACUCGCCGGACUUUCAAGAGGCGGAGCUUGCAGUGCAGUUCCCGCAGCCCGGGGAAACGGUGUCCGCAGCUGACUCUGACGCCGACUCCGGCGGGGGGUUUCGGGGGCUGCUGCGGGCCCGGCUGCUGCACUGGACGGGCCCCCGAAGAAAGCCCUGGAUGCACUAUCUGUCGCUGGCACGCACCACCUUUGACAAGCUCUGGUGGUCCGCCCACGAGGACCUUUGCCGCGAAGCCAAGUUGAUCUGGUCCCUGGGCGCCGCGGGCUGGGGGGCCACCGUCACCUUUGUGGUCAUCUGGCUUUGCCGCUCCCGGAGGUGCGAGAAGAAAAUCCUCGAGCGGAUGCCCAUUCUGCCCAUCGAGGUGCAGCUAGCGAAGACCAUCAACUUCUUCCCGCUCCAUAUUUGUAGCAUGGCAUGCGCCUGUCUCAUCUACCCCUCCGCAGCCUUUGCGCUGGAGCUGGCAAUGUCUAUCGCUGCCUCCGUGGUCAUGGGCUGUUUGGUGCAGUACUAUCUCUUGGCCUUCGGCCGGGGGCACAUGGCAACCACCUUGCUGGAGCAAACGCCCGAGAAGAAGUGGUGGAUGGCCUCCUACUGCGGAGGUGUAAACGACAUGAUGCCGGGCAUGGGCUUGGUCUACAGCCGGAAGCCCCACCAGCUCACGUUGACCGAUCUGCACCGAGCGGUGGGCCUGGUCGAAAGCUUCAUGUGGAUCUUCAUUUUGACCUCCACCCUACAGGUGGGCUUCAGCAUAGCGCCCACCCCGGUGUCCAUGGACGAGGACGGGUAUUGCGUGGAGCCGCCCGUGAUCAGCUCGGGGCUGUCCACGACCAUUUUGGUGGCGCAGGUCUUUUCCACCUUCGUCGGCUCCGCGGGCUUCAGCAUUAUCUCGUCGGCAGCGGGUGAAGCGUUCAACUCGCUGGACCCAGACCACGGGUAUCACUUCAAGAGGAAAGCAGGGGUGGGCUCAACCUUCCUCACGCUGCCGCUGUUGAAGGUUCUUCUCGGGUUCAUUCCCCUGGCGCGGAAAAGAGCGACCGUCCCGGUGGGCGUGGAAACUGGCAGAACAACUCUUCCAGAUGGCACUUACACGGUCAGCUGGAGCACGUUGGAAUGCCCCGUCUUUGACCAGCAGGUGGGAACGCCAUACAUCUAUUGCUGUGCGGUGGCUGUGAUCAUGGCUUGGCUGGCCUUCCGCCAGUCCACGCUCUAUACCCCAGGGGAGAGCUUCGAUGAUCUGCGGGAGACCUUCAAAGAGAAGUUCGGGGAUAAGCCGGCGCUCCUCUUGGACUCGGAGGAGGAGAGCGAUGAACCCCGCGCCUGA